UACGAGCACGGGAAGUGCGCUGUCUUCGAGGAGGACCUGUCAUUUACUGAAACGUCCAUGAGCUGCUGCGCCUGCGUUGCGUUAAAACUGCGAUAUAAGUGGUUUUCGCUGUUUGGCCUAUAAAGUUGCCUGAUGUGUGCCAUCGGUUUGUUCCAUAUUUUUGCAGAAAAUAACUUUAAAGAUUUAUCACAUGAAUCCUUCCAGGAGUGAAGGCAUUACGUCAACAUCCAUGGAAAUAAGAGUCUAAUAGAAAGCUCCUGGCGUUUUCACCAUCGUGGGAUAAAAAAGAGUGUGGUAAACUCUGCUCCCUGCUUCAGAGUCACGCAACUUCACCCAGCAUUCUCAGCUCGUUGCUACUCUGCUCUUCUCUCCACCGGUAAACCCCGCUAUCUCCAGCUUGCCUUUUCUCCACCCUCCACCCCUCCAGUGAGUCCUGCUACCUCCAGUUCACCGCUACUUGGCUCUCCACCCCUCUGGGUUCCCAGUGCUGUGUGGGAUGUUAAACGACUGGUGGUGCAUUGAGGCUGAAGGAGCAUGGUGAAACACCAACCCUUACAGGUCUAUGAGAAGCAAGUCUUUAUCUCCUUUGUCACUGGAUUCUAUGGUUGCCGCUGGAAACGUUACCAGCGUUCUCAAGACAACAGCUCCAGGUGGGAGUGUACGUGGUUCAUUAUCUUGUGCAGUUCUUUCUUUCUGCUUCUAUUUUGGGCUUACUUCUGGUUGGUGGCUCAAAAUGAUUUCAAUGAAUUCAACUGGUCAGUAUACAACCGCUAUGGAGAAUGGAGAGAUGAGACGAUCCCUAUCAUUGUAUGCACCAUUGUGGGAUUUAGCUACCUUACAUUCUUAACGAUAUUAGCCAUUUUCCAUAUAUCCUUGGGCCAGCAGCUCAACCUACACAGUUUUCACAAGAUUGGAGUGUUGGCUACAUUGCUCACCAUUAUCUCGGGUGUCAUCACUGUUGAUGACAUAUGGGGAGACGAGUGGGGCAUCCUGCAUGUAUCACUGCAGUCCACGGCACCUUUCCUGCACACUGGAGCCUUGGCAUCAGUCACAGCUAUCAGCUGGCUAGUAGCUGGAUGUGUGGUCCGCAGAGAGAGAUCCAAAUUCCAUGUGAUCCUGAUACUGAUCUAUGCCAUCAUCCUCCUGGCUGUCUAUUUAGCACCGCUCACAUUCACCUGCCCCUGCAUCAUGGACCACCACAGCCUCAAAUCUCGACCAGAGAUCAUUGGCAGAAGAGGAGCUCCUAUGCUGGCCCCUGAAAACACUAUGGCCUCCUUUAACAGGGCCAUGCAGCACAGAGCCAGCUCUCUGGAGGCUGAUGUCACUAUCAGUGCGGAUGGGGUUCCAUUCCUUAUGCGGGACCACACACUGAGACGGACCACAGAUGUCAGUAAGGUUUUUCCAGCCAGACAGUUUGAUGAUUCCUCGUUCUUUAACUGGACAGAGAUUCGCUCUCUAAAUGCAGGCCAGUGGUUUUUAGAGAGUGACCCCUACUGGACAGUAGAAACCCUGACAGUGAAGGACCGGAGCAGAAUACGCAACCAGACGGUGUGCAGUCUGGUGGAGAUGCUGCGGUUGGCAGCCAGGGCCAAUAGCUCUGCCCUCCUCAACAUCCGCAUACCUCCACCAGAACAUCCACGCUACCGGAGCUGGUUCAUGGACACGCUGUGGACUGUGCAGAAAGCAGGGAUUUCCCUGAAGAGGGUGACAUGGAUGCCCGACUCAGACAGGGGGAGGGUGCGAGGGCUUCAGCAGACCACAAAUGAGAGGCUCUCAAUAGAAGACUUAGGGCAGAGGGGAAUUACAAGCCUGACGCUCCACUACAGCAAGGCCAGCCACAAAGACAUACAGGAGUAUCUGGCCAAUAAUGUGAGUGUGACUGUCUACCCAGUGAAUGAGCCCUGGCUCUACUCCAUUCUGUGGUGUAGUGGGGUGCCUUCUGUGUCCUCUGAUGCCCCCCAAGUCCUCCAAAAGGUGCCUUACCCCAUCUGGCUCAUGAGCCAGAAUACUUACAACUUCAUCUGGAUCACUGCAGAUCUAGUAUCCCUUGCCAUAGUCACGGGGAUUUUCUAUUUUAAGAAUAACAGGUGGAGGAUGCAACACAUCGGGAAGCCAAGCUAUAACCCAGAGCAGAUUAUGCUGAGCGCUGUUGCACGACAGUCCAGUCGGGAUGUCAACAUCAUGAAGGAGAAGCUCAUAUUCUCAGAACUAGACAAUGGGCUCAGCAGUUCGGAGGAGCUUUCUCUGUAACCUGAGAACAGUUAAGCAAGAUGCUCUCAUAAAAGCCUCAGCCACUGAACAAAAUGCACUGGGAGCCAGUGGUUGGUGUCUAUGAUGUCACAAUUUAGGGGGAUGGCUGGUGACUGGACAAAUGUCCCAGAAACUCCUUGAAUCACGUGGAGCUAGAGUCACUGACCUGGUGAAACUAGAAUUAGUGUUUCUUUGUCAUGAAUACAUCUGUUUGAAUCAUUAUAGAUUUUCAUGUAGAAACAUUGUUUGCUUGAAGCAAAAAAUGAAACCUUAUACUAGGUUAAUGGAGCAGAAAUCCAUCUGACCAAAAAGACAAUAAGAGAAGAAGAAUUUCUCUUUGCUUGAGUUAAUGAAGCUCUAUGUUGUAUUUUUUCAUGUCAUUUACUGCACUGUUAGUUUUAUAUGGAGCUGUUUAGUGGUCUUUAUUAUACAGUGAUGUGAAUAUGAGUUGUAUUACAUGUUUUUAUUUUUUUCCCUCAGAGGAUUUUCAAUGAUUUGGACAUAGGAGCACUAUAUUUUUUAUUUGCAUUCACUAUAGUUAUAAUUGAUGUCCUCUUUUAAAUGUGGCGAACAGCGCAUACGCUUUCUUGCAGUUUCUUUAGAUAAGGAUGUUUUUUUUGGUAUUGUGGUCACUGUUCUCUAAUCUGCCACAAUUGAUUUACUUUCUAGUCAUAUUACUGUAUCUACUACAACUCUCACAUGGCUGCCUUUUUGUUAAGUGAAUGGACUAGUAAAUAUUGUAGAAUAGAUUGUGGUCUACACAUUUCAGGCUACAACUACACUCUUAACUGCAGACAUGUCAA